UGCACAGCCGUAGGCCUGUGUGUUCAGGCCUGAUUUCAGGCCUGUGGUUUUUUCAGCUGAACUUUGAUCAUGGCCGACACGGGCCCCACAGAGGACGGGCAGACCAGACCUCAGUCCGCGACCUCGCACCUGAAACACGUGGCCUUUCGCAUCCCCACACUGUACCGGGAUGAACUCGUGCAGCUGUUCAAAUUUGUUGGGCCCACGAUAAUCUCCCAGUCCAUGAUCUUUCUGAUUGGCUUCGUCAGUACAGUGUUUUGUGGUCAUCUUGGGAAAAUUGAACUUGCCAGUGUUGCCUUGGCUAUCGCAGUGGUGAAUGUCUUUGGUAUUGUCAUUGGCACAGGUUUGUCUAUGACCUUGGACACACUCAUAUCCCAGACGUUUGGCAGCGGAAACCUGAAGAGAGUUGGUGUGAUUCUGCAGCAGGGCGUCGUCAUUCUGCUGUUGGCCUGUUUCCCCUGUUGGGCUGUGCUGCUGAACACCGAGCUCUUCCUCAUCCUCGCCAAGCAGAACAGAGAUGUUGCUAGUCUUGCUCAGUUGUACGUCAAUGUUUUCAUGCCAGCCUUACCAGCUGCUUUCAUGUAUGCACUUCUUGGGAAGUACCUACAAAACCAGAAAAUUGUUUGGCCUCAAGUUAUAACUGGAGUAAUCGGGAACGUCUUAAAUGCCAUUAUCAACUACGUCUUUCUGUACACUCUGGAACUGGGUGUAGCUGGAUCUGCAGCAGCCAAUCUCAUUACUCAGUAUUCGUUGGCCGGUAUUUUGUGCCUUUACAUCAUUGCGAAAGGUCUCCACAAAGAAACAUGGGCAGGCUGGUCCAUGGACUGUCUGCAGGAUUGGUUGACUUUCCUUAAAUUGGCCAUUCCCAGUCUGCUCAUGCUGUGUCUGGAAUUCUGGGUGUUUGAACUCGGAUCAUUUUUGUCCGGAAUCAUCAGUGAAGUCGAACUGGGAGCGCAGAGUGUCAUGUAUCAGCUGAUCGCCAUCACCUUUGUGAUCCCUUUGGCUUUUUCUUCAGCCGCCAGUACUCAUGUUGGUAAUGCUCUUGGUGCUAAUCGCAUUGAGCAGGCAAAACUCUCCGCCAAAGUCCCGGUGAUUUGUGCAACUGUUAUUGGAAUUGUUAUUGGACUGCUGAUGAUUAUUUUAAAGGAUUACAUUGGAUACGUCUUCACUAAAGAACAGGAAAUUAUCAAGCGUGUGUCUGACGUGGCUGUUGUUUACGGUGUCAUGUUCCCCGUUGAUGCCUUGGCGUAUGUGUCUGGAGGGGUCCUCAGAGGAGUCGGAAAGCAGAAAAUCGGAGCUGUGUGUAACUUGAUCGGGUAUUACCUCAUUGGACUCCCUAUCGGCGUCUCUUUAAUGUUUGCGGUGAAGAUGGGCAUCGUGGGGCUUGGGAUCGGCAUCACUAUCUGUGUGGCUUUUCAGUCGGCCGUCUACAUUUUCAUCAUCUGGAAACUUGAUUGGCGUGAGGCUGCGAAAGAGGCCCAACUGAGAGCUGGAGUCCAAGCUAAUGAUGAAAAUGAGGUGGAAAUGACAGAUUUAACCUCUGCUCCUGCUGAUGUCGCUGUUGAGACUCCGCCCGCUGGUUCCCGAGGUCGGCUGUUCGUUUCCCGUGGCCUGGCUCUGUUUGUCAUGCUGGUCAUUCUGAUUCUUGGCAUUCUUGCCAAAAUUUACCUGCUCCAACUAGUGAACUAGAAGAACCAUUUUACCCUUUGAGUAGGUUGUGUUCACAUAUUAAACAGGGAUGUGACAAGAUCUCGUGAGACAAAACUGCUACGAGCUUGUAAACAAAAGUAUUGGAAUGGACACAAAAAAUGUAAGACUAAAUUGGAGAUUGAAAUGUGAAAUUUAUAGAUUAGGACUUGUCUUGUCCCAUCCCUACAUUUUAAGAUUUUUUUAAAUCAUGAUUUCAGAUACAAACACUAUGGGGGUGACUUUAAAUGAAAUGUAUGAAGAAAAUCCACAAAUGUUCAGUCUAACAAUUGAUUGUUUUUUAAACUUGCAAUUUUAAUCAUAGCUGACGGUUCUUUCACUUGACUAGUGUUUGAGUAAUGCUGCCACUUCUUGCUCUGAUCAUAUAAAGCUUUCUAGGGAUGCAUAAAUGCUAAAAGUAGCGCCAGUACUGAAAAAAGUCUGAAUCAGACUUCUCCCUGUUCAGUUAUCCUUGCUGAAUUUUAAUCUUUUUUUGUUCAGAUUCAGGUUCAAAUUUGUUCAGAGAGAAACAACAACUUAAAGGUGCAAUUGUUCACCUGCUGUUCUAUGGAGUGGUUACAAACUCCACCAGAAGUUAUUACCUUAGACUGUUCCACAUUCUGACAUUUCACUUAUCUCCAUGGAGACAAAAAUCAGGUCAGGUUACAAGUCAAGUGACUCCCAAAACAAACGCCUGCAAUCGAAUACAUGCAAGAUAAGUUUAAUGACACACUGUGGAACAUUUCAGGCAAACAAAUACUGUUUCCAUUGAGAAAAGCUGGUAAUGAUCCACAUCAGAAAAGUUGGUCCACCCUUAAACAAAAAUAACUGAUCCAAAUAUGUUGCAUAGGUAAAGAAACAGAUCUCCUUUCCAGUCCGACAAGGUAUUGGUAUUGUAAUUGAAGACCAGUGCAUCCCUACUUAUUUCAUACAUGCUUUUAUAGAAUACAUUGGACAUUGUGCUGGUUUGUUUCAUGCAAAUGGGUCAGGAAUUGUAGUUACUAAGUAUCUGCUGUUUAGAGCCUAAAUGCAUAAACACUGGCACAAAGUUCAGUGAGUCUUUUUUUAUUUUCAGUAACUAUGAAGUGGUUGCAUUAUUCAAAGACUCGAUAUUUGUGGAUUUUCUGUUUGUUCAAAAUUGGCUAUAGACUUGUAGAAGCCCCCUGGUACUGCUUUGAAAACGUAAAAUUAUACUUUAGGAUGUAGUGAACACAACCAUGUUCCAACUGACUUUUUAAUUUUUUUUUGUGAUUUUAUUGAUUACUUGGGCUUAUUGAUCAAGUACUACAGGGUCAUCUUGGCCUAAUGUUUUGAUUUUUCACUAUUUUUUGUUUUAAAUGAUCAUGUUUUUUGGUUUUUUAAUUAACCCAAUGUGCCUUGCUAAAAAUUUUUUUUUAAAGAACUGCAUGAUUAAGUUCUUUAACUGCUUGAUUAAUUUAACUUUAAUUAUUUGGGGGUUUUUUUUUGGGCUUGUGCCAGAUAAUCAAAAGGGGAUGUUAAUGUUUUAAUAUGCAAUGACAUUUGCUUAACUGUUUAGGGGAUUUUAUUGAUUUGUGUAUGAUCACUGUUGGGUUGCACAGUUUAUUGAUCUGUUUUUAUUUGCUGUGCAUAAAAUUUCUUGGAAACAUAA